GUCCUCGCUCGUCUCUCUAUCCUCUAGCCGCUCUCUGCUCUGCGGUUUUCGGCAAACAUGCACCGCGCCAUUCCAUCCCUCUCAGCCGCUGGGCUGCUCUGUCUAGUCUGCUGUGUCACUUUGUCAUCUGCCGGAGACGCAAACGUAACGUGGAUCACUCCGUCCGAUGGUGAUGUCUAUGGUUCCGGGGACACCAUAGUCGGGCGCUGGAGUACGGACAAGGCGGUCGUUUCGCCGUCUUUUCGAAUAUGUGUCACGGACGACGGGAGCACGGUGUCCUCGAGGAAAGUCAGUGAAGAUGAAUCGGGAGAGGAUGAUGAUGAUGACGACGACGACGACGACGACACGGGGACGGAUAAAGGAGCACACGAUGACAGUGGUAGUAGCGGUGACAGUUCGAGUUGUGGCGCGGCUGUGUGGCCAACUAUUGAGCAGUCUGACGGCUCAUAUUUCGUCCAUAUGUCUCUGCCCAAUGUCUCGUCCGUAGCGACAUGCUUUCUCGAAAUGGUUGACGAUUUCGGGCAUAAGAUGGCUUCCCCGGCUUUUUCAUAUGGAGCCUCUACGGAAGAUACAAGCUCAUCCGAAGCCACUGACCCGACAACCUCCCUCGCUGCGGGAGUCUCCUCUGCAUCUACUACGCCUAGCGGUCCAUCGGACGUGUCGAAAGCAUCGACACCUCCAGACACGCCGAAUACCGCGAACACGCCGGAUAUAGCGAACACGCCGAAUAUCCCGGACAAGUCGAAGACUGCAAACUCCCCGAACGCUUCGAAAACCCCAAGCGCCUCUAAUACCCCCAAUACAUCUAACGCCUCCAACGUCACCAUGCAAGUACCCAACACGCCACAGACGCUCCCCUCACUGGAUGAAUCACAUGUUCCCGUACCUACCGCAGCUUACGCCGUCCCGCUCUCCCUCGUCAUCUCCGUCAUUCUUGCCGCCGCCGGCCUCUCUGUCCAUCAGCGGCGCAAGCUCCAAACCGAGCGGCUGCAGGAGCAAGAAACGCUCAAGACCCGCGGCGUGCUCUCGCGCCACUCCACUCUCAGUUUCGCCGGUUUCACAAAGCUCGGCUCAGGCCCGCGCCCACGCACGCACGACUGCGCGCCCCAGCCUGAGUCGCGCUCGACGAGCGUGAGCAUGCUGCGCGAGUGGCAGCGGGGCGUGUCGCGCCACGACCGCCGGCUGGAGUGCGACUCACGUGCGAGCGACACGACGCUUGCGUGGCGCACGGACGACGGCGGCAGCGUCGAGGGGUACACGAACUUCCCGCGGAGAGAAGCGCGUCGGCCGACGCGGGAGCCGUUCCACGCGAGCCAUGCACGCGAUCGGCGCACAACGGUGCCCGCGAGCACGUUCAGGGCGGGUGUUUCCCCCGUCUUUCCGUCGACAGAUAGCUGGGGCGGGGACCGGGAGAGCGUGAGGAGCUACGCCGAAGACGACCACCGUGGGUCACACAAGGCGCAAGACCGCCGUUACGCUCGUGAACAACGCGACUAUGACGAUGACGAUGAGGACUGGGGGCGGCUCAAGCGCAAGGGCCGGACGCUCGUCGAUCCUGGGGUCGAGGGUGGCGCCCCGCGCGGACGCGAUGCAUACCUCAACGCGUCCGUCAACGACUCCGUCUUGGACCGCUAUAUCAUGGGGUCCCCGGCGCCGCCAUCUCCGGAGCCCAGGUACCGUGCUCGCUCGCCGCCGCCGUCUGUUUCUCGUCCGGAGAGGCUGCAUGUGCGACGCUAUGCGGAGGCGGACGGGGAUGAGAAGGUGCUGCCGCCGGUGCCGAGGGAUCCGGAGAGGGCGUUGUACGACUCGGUUGCGCGGAAGAUAUCGCGGGAUCCGUAGCUAGUUUUUCAUUAAUCCUGGGAGCGACCUUCAGUCGACAGUACGAUCCUUCGGAUUUCUAAGCACUAAGCAGCCUCUUGCGGUCUGCGAACAUGUAAAUGCAUUGAUGCCACUU